AUGCUUCUUCGAUUUAGAUCCAAAGAAGGUAUUCAUAGGGUCCAAUGUGCUCCCGAAACGCCAUUUGGUGAAGUGGUCCAAACUUUAUUAACUAAAACUUUAAAUAAGAACCCACGACUUGGUAGUAUCAAGAUAUCAUGUAAUGGACGAAAUGUAACUUUAGAUUCGAUUAGUGAUCAAAGUGUACAACAAUUGGACCUAAAGCACGGUGAUAUGCUGACAAUUGAUUAUGAAGAUCAACAACAACAACAACGACUAAAUAAGGAUAAUAAUAUCAAUAACCCUUCAAUAUCACUUAAUACAAAAGACUUACUUAAAAGCGCACCUAAAUUACCUGAAUUACCUGUAGAUAUUGAAUUAUCUAAAGAAAAUGGCUUAAUUCCUAGAAAACAGUCUAAGCUCUGUAAGCAUGGUGAUAAAGGAAUGUGCGAGUAUUGUUCACCAUUACCACCAUGGGAUAGAACUUAUAAAGAAGAGAAUAAUAUUAAACACAUUUCGUUUCAUGCUUAUGUUAAAUCAUUAGAGGAAACUACUAAAACUUCGGGUUCUUCAUACGUACCACCAUUAUCUCAGCCCGAUUUUAGAAUCACCAAAAAAGCUACUUGUACACAUGAGCCAUGGCCUCGUGGGCUUUGUUCUAAAUGCCAACCUUCAGCAAUCACAUUACAACAACAAAGCUAUCGUAUGGUUGAUCAUGUUGAAUUUUCCACUAGUGAGUUAAUGAAUGAAUUUAUUGACAGUUGGAGACAGACAGGUACACAAAGAUUUGGUGUAUUGUACGGCACUUAUGAAAAAUAUGAUACUGACAUUGUUCCCUUGGGAAUUAAAGCCAUUGUACAGGCCAUUUAUGAACCACCUCAAGAUGAUGAAACUGAUGGAAUAACAAUGAGUAUCUUGGAUAACUCAUUUGAAGAGGAAUUAUGCAGAGUUGAUAAAGUUGCCAAUAACUUUGGUAUUUACAGAAUUGGUAUGAUAUUUACUGAUUUAACUGACAGUGGGAAAGGGGACGGUAGUGUUCUAUGCAAGCGUCAUAAAGAUUCAUAUUUUCUAACCAGCUUAGAGGUGAUAAUGUCUGCCAAGCAUCAACUAAAGCAUAGAAAUAUAUGUCAUAAGAGUGAGCAAGGCAUAUUUUCUUCUAAAUUUGUCACUUGUUGCAUUUCCGGCAAUUUAGAGGGUGAUAUUGAAAUAGCUGCAUACCAAGUAUCGACAGAUGGGGAAGCAUUAGUUCAGGCAGAUAUGAUUUCUGGCUCUACGCACCCUUCCAUGGCAUGGAUUAAUGAAACCAAUGAAAAAAGAUAUGUUCCUGAAAUUUUUUAUACAAAGAAAAACGAAUAUAAUUUAACUGUUAAGGAGAAUGCGAAACCAGCGUUCCCGAUUGAUUAUCUAUUAGUCUCUUUAACCCAUGGAUUUCCAGAAAAUGUUAAUAAUAGCGAGAAAGAAAAGAAUAAUGAUGGAUACUUGAAAUUUAAAACAAUUAAAGGAUUCCCAUGGAGUAAUAGACAGUCUAUGGGGUAUUCGCAAGAUUACCAUGAGUUAAAAAGAUAUUUAUUUGCGACUGCAACAUCAGGCGAUUUAAACGCUUUAUUGGAUAAAUUAUCUAAUUUUCAACUGUUGAUUUACAUAGGCUCUUUAGAUAUUUUGAGCAGUGAAGAAUGGGGAUUGUUGGUAGAGAGUUGCAGAAACCGUAGUAAUAUGGAAUCAUUAAUGAAGUUGAUAUCUACACCCGGUUGGCAGACAUUGAUUAUGAUACUACAAGAAACUAUGUAG